AUACGUCUACUGCACGGCAGUGAGCCGGCGGCCCGGUCCCGCGCCGCACGCAAAGCAUCGAUUACUUUACAAAUAUCGAGCAGCGUCAGCGAUAAACGCAUAAAAAGAAGAUGCGUACACUAUUUUAAAGCUAUUAGUUAUUUAUAACACAAUACACAGUGAAUGCCGAUGCAAGCACACUUUCUGUGAAGCCUAUUUAAAAACGCAGUGACAUAAGUAACGGGAGAUAAGUGUAUGGUAUUUUGUUUACUUGUGUUUUGACCGUCAAUUGCCUAAAAGAGCAGGAAAACGAAACUUAGCCGCAAUAGGCAAAUAUCAACUAUGGAUUUAAGUGCACAAGAGGUUAUCGACGGGCUCUUCUCCAAGGAAGCUACCGAGGCCCCGUCAGACUCCGUUAAACUAGAAGAACUAGACCUUGAACUGCCGAAAUGGUUCGACGAGAAGAAAUACAACCAAGGCCGCCGCUUCUACUGGGACAACUGUUUCUCGCUAACGACAUCCAUGUUCAUGGGACUCCUGGCCGUGUUUGCGGUCCCAUCCAUCCUGAACAUCCUCAUCAGCUCGCGCCGAUCAUCCUCCCUGUACACCAGCUACAAGAGAUACCUCUCCACUAUUCUACACACCAGCUCUUGGUUUGAGUGUGAACUCAAACCGGGGACCACAGGCUGGAAGUCGCUCUACACUGUCCGCAGCCGCCACCUAAAGGCCGGCCUCGCAGCCAAGCUACAAGGCCUGGGCGUUGUCUCACAGCGCGAUAUCGCGUUCACACAGUUCGGAUUCGUCGGCUUCUCGCUUCUGAAGCCGGACAAGUUCGGAGUCCGGCAGAUACAGGAGUUCGACUGGGACGCCUAUUGUCACACGUGGGCUGUUCUUGGACAUAUGAUAGGGCUGGAAGAUAGGUACAACAUAUGCCGCAGAAACGUGGAAGAGACCCGUCAAGUCUGCCAAGCGAUCCUCGACAGAGUCUACACUCCUUGUCUCGACAAUGUUCCCGAAUACUUCGAGCACAUGGCUCGAGUCAUGCUCGAGUCUAUGUGGUGCAUCAACCCUACCAUCAAUGUGGAGUCUGCUUUAUACGCAGUCAGGUCACUGGCGAACGUGCCGGGGUAUAUCUAUUCGGAGGACGACAGAAUAAACUUGCAGAAGAGAAUUAGAGAGAAGCUUAAGGGAAAACCAAUAGAUUCAGGUGUGGACUCGACGGAACUUAUCUCUGCACCAGCGGUAGAGGGUCUACCGAAACGCGCGCCGCGCCUCCUAUACCUUCGAGACUACGAGACCAUCGACCAAGCCCCCCAAUACAGCUCACUCCCCUUCUGGUCCAAAUACAACUUGAACUUCGGUUACAUCAUCGUCUUCCUCCACUCAACUUUCCUAGGACGCAUCUACUUCAAACUAAACUACUUACACAGCCUCUGGCUUAUGAAAUACUUCCCGUAUUUAGCGUUCUUCAAGUUCGGAAUAAGGAACUCCUUCGUUAACAUCUUUAAGGAAGAUCCCAUGGAUGAUACGAAGCCGAAGCCUAAUUCGGAGUACACUAAACCUAAACCGCCUGAGACGUGGUUUAGAAUAAUUUUAGGCGCGUUUUGGUAAAUUUGGGGUUCUCAAAUCAAUCUUGUCUCUUAAGCUUACACGAACUUUACCUCAUUUGGUGUUUGUGAUGUAGACUAAUAGAAUUGACGAAGCAUGUUAUUGCCAAUAAAAUGAAUUUAAUAUCGUUUUGAAUGUUGCAACAUAUCUCUUUAAGAGCAAUAAAAAAUACGUAGAACUAAGUUACAAUUAGGUACUUAAAUGGACUUUAUUAUUUGUCAAUAAUGUUUGUUACAUGUAUCAUGUAUUAAUUAAUCUGUGAACCCCGAAUGACGGGCUAAUGUUGUUUCAUGACAGCUAUCAACUAUUUGUUUAUAAUAAUUAUCUAAGAAUAAAUAUUUAUUUUUAUCAUUAAUCAUUAUGAUAGUAUGUUGACGACGUGAUAAUAUAGAAUAUCUAUAUCGAAUUAUUUGGUGAUUACCAUGAGCACAAUAUCAUGUAAUUUUAGAUUUCAUCAACGCUGUAAUUAAAUCUUGGGACCACCAGU